UUAUUUAUGAUUUGUGCUCCAUCAUUUUUGUUUCAUCAACUUUUCCCUAUGGUUAUUAUCAUUGAGAACUAAUAAGGUACCGUGUCAUACACUGGAUUAUUUUCACUGCAAGAAAUUAUUAUCAAAAAACAUUAUUUCAAGCGAAGAAUAUCUCAAUCAUGUGCCACUUUCAAAGUAAGUUAACAGCAACAAUGAUGUCGAUUAGCAAUUUAUUCAAAGAUCCUAGAAAACUGCGAAAUGAUAUUAUACGUUAUAUUAUUGAAUCACACUUUGGGCAAAUGUUUAAGGGAGGCACAUUAGAUCCAUCGCAAAUAGAAGUGGAACCCAUGAAGAAGGCAGUUAUUUCAUGUUUGGAUUUAGAUGAGGAGUUUUUGAAUGAACUAGGGGACCAGUUCAAUUUUCCUUUGAAGAUUGUCCGAGGACAUAUAGAUAAGUUGCAUAUGACUGCCGAAUGGACAAACUUUUUUCAGGAAGGUUUUAGAAUAACUGCAAAAUUUGAAGGUCUUCAUUUAACAUUAGAACCAAAAGAAGAUAUUGAUGAUGCUGCAUCUAUGUGGAGCUCGGCUAUUGGCCGUUUGGUGGAGAAGCCCAAAUACAAAAACAACACUGAAAAUCCAGUCCUAUUGACUGAAGGCGCUAAAAAAAUUGAUGAAUUCAUGAAAUUUUUGAGGCGUAGAUUAACCCUAGAAUUCACAAACACAGUUUUAUGUUUACAACCUAGGAAUAGUGAAUUAGGAAUAAGAUUAGCAAUUAAUGUAGAAACGAUACGUCUUUAUGAUGAAAAUGAAGUACCUGAAAAAAUUGGAGCGCAAGAAUCUACCCCCGAUUCUGAUUUUACCACGAAAAAUAUCGAUUUUCAAGGGGUGUCCUUUUGGAUUACUGAUGUUCCUAACGAAUUUGGUAAUGAUAGAAAUGAUUAUAAGAGGAUAUCUAAAGAAAAUAAGAGUGAUAUUAUGUUCGCUGCAUUAAACGGCACACAGGUGAUCAAGUUUUCGACAAGACAAUCGGAUUUCCAAAAUGGACCGGGUGUAGUUGUUGAAGCGAUGUUAAAUGAAGUGAUAAUUUUUCUGACACCUAGGCAAAUCUAUCUACUUUCCGAAUUCAUGGAAGAGUAUUGCAAGGGUGAUGAAUACAGAUUUGGAAGUAAGAAAAGAAGAGUUCAAAAACCAAUGACAGAUUCUGAUUAUCAAAAGUUGGAAGUUCUUCUCCAACAGCAAACCUGUCACCCAAAUACACAGUAUGCAGGUUUACAAAUGGGAUAUGGAUGGUCAGGUGUGCCGAUAGAUGAAACAGAGGAACAAUAUUAUUCUAUGACUGGAAAUCAAUCUGAUUUUGGUAUGUCUAUGAUGGAUAGUAUGGAAGGCUCCCAUCUCAAUACAUCUUUUCACGGCACCGAAUACUCAGAAAGAGCCUCCACAAUCGACAAUCGGUCAUAUGUACCAAAUACAACGAAUUAUGGAACAGCUAUGUCAUGCGUCUCCGGUGGGACUCAGCAGCCUCCCCAUGAACCGGGAACAGAUCUCUUUGCCAUAGACCUAAAAAUUUCAUCAUUUACCAUGGUACUAUUGCAUAAAGAUAUUUUAGAUCUUGUCGAAAAGGAAGGAACGAUAUACACUCAAGAUAGCAUUUCCAAAUUGCAAGAGUUAUCUACGAACUUUCUAACAAGUAUAAUACAACAGUUAAAGUUGAUUUCUGAAGCUGCAAAUAAAGAGAUUGUUAUUAAUAUGAACUAUGAUGAGGCUUGCAAUAUUAAUAAUAUCAGAUUGACCUCAACUUCUGUUCAUUCAAUGUUCGAGAUGGAUCCUCAGAAACAAAAAUGCGAUAUUUCAUUUAGAACAUGUAAUUUGAACUUGUUAGAAUGUUUAUUUGAAAAUGGAAAGGAAUCAGAGAAAGUACCUAUAUUAACAGCAGUAAACCCUUCAGAAGAAAAUCUGUACAUUAAACUGGUUAGACAGAAAAAUAAUUCCCAUACUAAUUUAGAGAUAACAAUAAAAGAAUGUGAAAUAGAACUUGAUAUUACAAUUAUAGAUAGACUUUCAGCUCUUAUAAAUUUACCACUAUUUUCCCAAUCUAACAACUCCUAUAAAAUGCAGCCAAGACAUACCACACAUUUUGCGAUUAAUAUACCAUCUGCAAAUUGCAAACUAAGAUUCCCAAUACCAGAUUUCACUCCUUUGUAUGAUCCUAGUAGAGUUCCUUGGUGGAAAAGAAAUGUUCGUUCAGAUUACAUGACAUUGAAGUGCAGCCAAUUGAAGUUUGAAACUAAAUUCUCCACCCAUAAAAAAUCUCAAACAGAUGAAUACUCAAUCAAAUUUCGGGUUAUGAACCUCUAUUAUAAUGAAUCUGUUAAAGCAAAACCUAUCUUCUUUGCCCAGAUUGGAGAUGAUGAUCAAACAUUUGAUGAUUGCAGAUUGAUAAUGAAGAUACUACCAACUACCAAAAUUUUUAAUAUAGAAGUAGAAGAUGAUGCUGCAACCCAAUCAGCAUUCUGUGAAAAUUUAAUCGCUCCCAGAGAUAAUGGUCCUUUCACAUCUAAAAGAGUAUUUCAUCACAGUAAUGUAGAGCAUUUGGAUGAUGAUUAUCCAGAUGUAGACUUACUCAUACCCGGAGAUUCUAAAGAAAUAGAAGAAUUUAAGUUUUCCUCAAAGCGUUCUGCUAAGGUCCUUUUAACCGCAGUACUGUCUUGUGUGAAAAUUCAAAUAAUAUCCAAACACACCUAUGAAAUGAUUUACAACAGAAUCAAUAAUGAUCUUUUAACUUGGGUUCCAUGUGCCCCAAAAAAUAAAUUCACUCCUAAAAAGGAUAUAUUUGGUGAAUUCAGUAGUGCAGCAGAUUAUGUGGAUUCUGAUGAUGAUUGUGAUGAUUUUUAUGACGACCUUAUGUUUCAAUCAAUGCCUCAGGGACUCAAACCAGAGGACACUGAGUCUACUUCAUUCAUAAAAAAGUAUGUAGAUCAAAGUAAACUGGUAAUAGAUGUUAAAAUUGUCAGUGGAACCUUAGUGUUCAAUCCUCCUGUGAGGGAUGCUUCUUCAAAUAAUGUAAUACCAGGUCAAUUAGGAUACUUUUCAAUUGAUGUAAGCGAAGCACACAUAUUUAUGGUCACUGGAUAUAAAGGUGACAGUGAAUUGGAUUAUUUAUGCAUAGAUGUUUGGAGCGCUGAUAUGAGGCAUCAUGAAAUGAUGCCUUCUUCUGAGGUGAAAAAUUGUCUGCCUGACCUCAGGAGGAUACCUAGUAAUCUUUAUCCUGUCAUUUCUAAGUCAAUAGGAGCAUUGGCAGAAGAAAGGAAAGGUCUAUCAGAACGACAAAUGUUAACAGUAGCUUGCAAAAUUCUCACAAGACAUGAUACACAUCAUGUGAAGACGGUUAAAAUAGCCCUGGGUUUGAAUAAAUCAACUCUACAUCACAGAAUGACAGCUGAACCUAAUUCUUGGGUGUCUCAAUUGAUUGACUUUUUCAAAGUUACUGAUUUUCCCAUCAACGGUUAUAAAUCAAAAGAUGUUAUGAGUGAAUUUCACUUACAUACUUGGGAUUGCGCUAUAGAUUACCGACCCCUGUAUUUGCCUUUGAGGUGUGCCCUUACUCUUGGGAGUUUCAGCAUGACCUCUAGUUUAAGUGAAGUUUCAAAAGGUUCCAAGUUAAGAUUUCUUGCAGAGGAUUGUGAUUUAUACAUCAGUAAAGAAAAUCCUCCCAUAGAUGGAAUCGCAUCAAAUAUUCCGAUUAAUAUAAGAAGGGAAUAUAUCAAUAUAAUAACAAUGAACAUAUUUGAAUUGGGCCUAAUAAUGAAUGAGAAGAACCACAAAACCAAGCCUCGUUCAAGUUUGAGAAUUACAACAGAUAAAUUGCAUAUUCACGCCUGCUCUGAUUCAAUGAAAGCUCUCACUGAACUGAUUAGUUAUAUUGCCUCAGAUGGUGAUUCAACAUCAAAUGCAUCAUCCGAAUCUAGCAGCCCUUAUCCCAGUCCUAGGCAUGGCCCUGGUGAUCAGGAACUCAUUCCAGUUGAUCAACAAACAUUAGAAAUUUGUGAAGUAUCAGAAAAACAGAGACAAGAAAUAAACUCCUUGAUUGGAGAUGCCAUUUAUGAAGAAAAAGAAGAAAAAAAACCACAAAAACAGCCAAAAUAUCAUGGGAAUUCAGGAUUUUACUCACAGAUAAAAGAAGAACUUGGAGACAUCGAUUCAAGUGAUGACGAUUUUGAAGACAGCUUCUGUAUAAUUGAUAAAGAUAACAACUGGGGAUUGAAUAUAGAUCAUGCUAUACCCGAUCUUGAAUGGCUUACAACGGAACAAGUCAAAGUAACGGAAGAUCAUUUCACUAUUCCUGCGUCAAAAAAAGACCUCUUAAAAACCCCAGAAAACUUCCCCUUGCCGAUAAAGACGUACACCUUGUGUGAAUUAAAUAUAAUAUGGCAAAUUUAUGGAGGAAAUGAUUUCUAUAUACCUGAAGAGAAGAAAAAGGAAAAAAGAGAAAGACAUUCAUCAAGUGAAGAUAAUUGUUCAACUAUUGCUUCUACUGAAUAUACUGAAUCGCUUUGUUCAAAAUUUACAUCUGUUACUGCUAUGACUUAUCGCGAUACAACUUCAGAAAAAGAUUGGAAAUUUUCUGGUGGAAUUAAUAGACACAAGGAUGUUCUCAUGGAAGUAGUCAUCAAUAAGGUCCGGUGCCAAUUCGACCUUUAUCCCGAAAAAGGAUACUAUGCUCAUAGAUUUGUGUUCCAAAUCAAAGAAUUUGAAAUAAAUGAUAAAAUGAAAUGUAGUGAAUUCAACAAAUUUUUAUGUCAAUACACAAGUGAGAGCACACCCAAACAAUCUCAAGGCUAUAUGUUUGCUGUGGAAGCUGUGGAUAUCAGACCUUCUGAAAUGAUGGGAGAAACUGAGUGUUCCUUACGCGUGUCAUUGCUGCCCCUAAGGUUCUAUAUUGACCAGGAAUCAUUAGAAUUUCUCAUGAAAUUUUUUUCUGAAUUGAGUCAAAAGUCUAAUGACGAGAAAACUACUGCCAAAGCAUCGUCAAAGAAUAGCACACCUAUACAUCAAAAACCAAAAUUGGCAGUGAAAAAGAGUGGAAAAAAGAAAUAUAAGACUCAAACUGAUGAUGAAGAUGAAAAUUUAAUAGAUUUGGAAAACUCAAGUAGUAGGGAAACAUCCGAAACCUCAGAAAGAGAGUGUUCUUCCGAUAAUACUUCCAAUCGUCCCUUAUUUUUCAGGCCUGUUUCAUUCGGUCCAGAAUCUUUUGUGAAGAUCGAUUACAAGGGUAAACAUGUUGGAGCAGCAGAUGGGUCUGUAAGUGGAAUGGCAUUUAGUCUAAUUAUGGGAUUAGCAGAAAUAAAUAAUUCUGAAAUAAAACUCAAGAGAGUUUGUCACCGUCAUGGCAUACUUGGAUUAGAUAAGGUUAUCAAUUAUAUUAUAGAAGAAUGGCUGAAUGACAUCAAGAAACAUCAACUUCAGAAUGUCCUUAUCAGUGUAGGUCCAAUGCAGCCCGUUGUGCAGCUACUUAGCGGUAUUCGAGAUUUGUUUUGGCUACCUAUUGAACAAUAUCAGAAAGAUGGAAGAAUUGUUAGGGGUCUACGUAAAGGUACAAAUAGGUUUACCACUUCAAGUUUAUUAGCUACAGUUGCCAUAACUAGCAGAUUUUUCAACUUCUUACAGGCAUCUGCUGAAACUCUAUACGAUUUUCUUUCCCCUGGACCAAGUGUCAGACAGAUUACCAAUGCUAAGAAGAAAAAGAAAAAUUACUCACAGCCCCAAGAUAUCAGAGAAGGCGUUUCAAAUGCUCUUUGGUUGUUUAAAGAAGGUUUUGGAGACACAGCUCAAACAAUUGUGCAAGUUGCUGUAAGCGAGCAUGAACAAAAAGGGGUGGUUGGAGUAGUGGGAGGUAUAGCCCGACAAAUACCAUCAAAUAUUAUAAAACCAAUAAUUAUUGCAUCAGAAGCCACCAAUAAUGUCCUAGAGGGUAUAAGAUCUCAGCUAGUUCCAGACGCUAAAACAGAAGCUAAUCAAAAAUGGAGGAAUAAUUUUGAUUAAAUAAAAACAGACUGAACUUGUGAUUACUAUAAAAAUUCUCUAUUAUUUUUAUUAUUUUUUAUUGUAGAUUAUGAAAAGAUUUUAGCAUAUAAAAAUAGUGGUAAGUAUCAACCCAUAUUCGUUUUGUGAUUUUUGUUUAAAUACCUAUGGGUGGAAGUAACUCAGGUUAUGCCAUUUAUAAAAUAUGAAUAUAAGGUACAAAAUGAAGAUGUAUAUUUAUAAUGAAAGAUUAAAAUUCUGGAGUAAUAA